UGCCCUACCCAUGAACCGCCCAGUUCCAUUGCCAUUUUACCAUUGCUUCCACUGUAGCUUGGAGCUUCACUUAAUACCUAAUGUCAUUGAUGGCUCCUGUAGUCCGGGAUGAUUACAGAUAUCAUCACAUUGCACAUUGAUGAGGGUGCCGGUGAGGAUUGGCCCCACCUACAGACAUCAUUGCCACCCCACCUUCCCAGUUCGAUCUCUCCCUCCAAACCUCACUCUCCCCCCCCCCUCAAUGCCCGGCCGGGCGUUGUUCCUCCCUCCAUCCCACGCCGCCCCUCGUCUCGCUGCUUUUCCCUUUUCCCCAAUCUCUUCAUCUUAUUCUUCCUUCUUCUCCUUCUUCCCUCCUCGUGUUUCUUUCUCCUCUUCCAUCUCGUGUUGAUCUUACCUUUUUGAUUGUUGGUACGAUCAUCUUCAAAAAUUAAAUUCCUACUUCAUAUAAACAGAGUUUAAUAUAGUAUGUCCUUCCCCUCAUAUACUCUCUCCUCCCCUCUCCUCCCUUGACCAACAACAAUCCUGAUCUCUCAUCCAAAGCCCUUUUUUUGGUUGCUUCUUGC